AUGUCUAGAGCACAGAAGACCGCCACUGAGAGAUAUCAGAAAAUCUCUCAAUUGGAACAUAUCUUGAAAAGACCAGAUACAUAUAUCGGUUCUGUUGAAUUUCAUGAACAAGAACAAUGGAUUUUUGAUGAGACGACGGAAUGUCUAGUAGAGAAACAGGUUAAGAUUGUCCCUGGCCUAUUUAAGAUCUUUGACGAAAUUUUGGUUAACGCUGCAGAUAACAAAGUCCGUGAUUCAUCAAUGAAGAAGAUCGAAGUUACAAUUACUCCCGAAGAAAAUUUAAUUGAGGUAAAGAAUGACGGUAAAAGUAUACCGAUUGAGAUCCAUCAAAAAGAGAAAAUAUACAUUCCUGAAUUGAUUUUUGGUCAUUUGUUAACUUCUUCAAAUUAUGAUGAUGAAGAAAAGAAAGUGACAGGUGGUAGAAAUGGUUAUGGUGCUAAAUUAUGUAACAUUUUCUCUAAAGAAUUUAUAUUAGAGACCGCUGACCCCAAGAAAGGUAAAAAAUAUGUUCAAAUAUGGGAAAAUAAUAUGAAUGUCUGCAAGCCACCAACUAUCACUUCUUACAAAAAAGGGCCAUCUUAUACGAAGGUCUCAUUCAAACCUGACCUAGCAAGAUUCAAUAUGGAAGUCUUAGAUGAUGAUAUUCUGGGUGUUAUGCGUCGUCGUGUCUAUGAUAUCAAUGGGUCUGUGAGGGAUAUCAGUGUCUCCUUAAAUGGUAAAGCUCUGAAAAUUAGAAACUUUAAGAAUUAUGUUGAAUUGUAUUUGAAAUCUUUGGAGAAAAUGAAACAAAUAAAUAACAAUCAGGAUGCAACCAAACAGGAUACCCCAACAAUUUUAUACGAGAAAAUUAGUGAUCGUUGGGAAGUGGCAUUUGCAGUUUCAGAUAUUUCAUUCCAACAAAUCUCUUUUGUUAAUUCUAUUGCUACGACAUCUGGUGGUACACAUGUUAAUUAUGUGGCUGACCAAAUUGUUAAAAAAGUUGGUGAUUAUUUCAAGAAAAAGAAAAAAAGAAUAAAACCAUUUCAAAUUAAAAACAACAUCUUUAUCUUUAUCAAUUGUUUAAUUGAAAACCCUGCUUUUACUUCCCAAACAAAGGAGCAACUAACCACUCGUGUCAAGGAUUUUGGUUCUCGUUGUGAAAUAUCAAAUGACUACAUUAAUAAGAUCUUGAAAACUGAUUUAGCUACUAGAAUUUUUGAUGCCGCCGAUGAGAACGAUGCUAAAGCUCUAAAACAAUCAGACGGGUCAAGAAAGAGCAGAAUAACUGAGUACCCCAAAUUAGAAGAUGCUAAUAAAGCAGGUACCAAAGAUGGUCAUAAAUGUACAUUGAUCUUGACAGAAGGUGACUCUGCCUUGUCAUUAGCUGUUCUUGGUUUAGCUGUUGUUGGUAGAGAUCAUUAUGGUUGUUACCCAUUACGUGGUAAAAUGUUAAAUGUCAGAGAAGCAAGUGCUGACCAAAUUCUAAAGAAUGCUGAAAUCCAGGCCAUCAAGAAAAUUAUGGGUCUACAACAUAGAAAAAAAUAUGAAGAUACCCAAUCCUUAAGAUAUGGUCACUUAAUGAUCAUGACAGAUCAAGAUCACGAUGGUUCACAUAUUAAAGGUUUAAUUAUUAAUUUCAUAGAAUCCUCAUUCCCCGGUUUGCUGGAUAUCCCCGGUUUCUUGGUUGAAUUCAUUACGCCCAUCGUUAAGGUAACAAUCACAAAACCUAAGAAACAAUCUAUCGCGUUCUACAAUAUGCCAGAUUAUGAACAAUGGAGAGAGGAAGAGAGUUACAAGUAUUCUUGGAAACAAAAGUAUUAUAAGGGUCUGGGUACAUCUCAAGGUAAUGAAGUUCGUGAGUAUUUUGCCGAUUUGGAUAAGCAUUUAAAAACCUUCCAUGCUCUAGAGGGCAAUGACAAGGAUCUUAUUGAUUUAGCAUUCUCCAAAAAGAAAGCUGAUGAUCGUAAGGAAUGGUUAAGACAAUAUGAACCAGGUACUGUGUUGGAUCCAAAUCUGACCGAAAUCCCUAUCAGUGAUUUCAUUAAUAAAGAAUUAAUUCUUUUCUCCUUAGCAGAUAACGUUAGAUCCAUUCCAAAUAUCCUUGAUGGUCUAAAACCGGGUCAAAGAAAAGUUAUGUUUGGUUCCUUCAAACGUAAUCUACGUACUGAAAUCAAGGUUUCCCAACUUGCUCCAUAUGUCAGUGAAGCCACAGCAUACCACCACGGUGAACAAUCUUUAGAACAAACUAUUAUUGGUUUAGCUCAAAAUUUUGUUGGUACAAACAACAUUUAUAUGUUAAUGCCAAAUGGUGCUUUCGGUACAAGGGCUACUGGUGGUAAAGAUGCGGCUGCUUCAAGGUAUAUUUACACUGAAUUGAACAAAUUAACAAGGAAAAUUUUCCAUCCAGCUGAUGAUCCACUAUUCAAUUAUUUACAAGAUGACGAAAAAACUGUUGAACCAGAAUGGUACUUACCAAUUAUACCAAUGGUACUUGUAAACGGUUCUGAAGGUAUCGGUACUGGUUGGAGUACAAAUAUUCCUUCGUUCAAUCCAGAUGAUAUUGUGAGAAAUAUUAGACAUUUGAUGGACGAUGAAGAACUUGAACCUUUGUAUCCUUGGUUUAGAGGUUGGACAGGUACAGUCGAAAUCGUCGAAAAACAACGUUACAGAAUGUAUGGUAGAAUCGAACAAGUCGGACCUAACAAAUUGGAAAUAACCGAAUUACCAGCCAAGACUUGGACUUCUACUAUCAAGGAAUAUUUACUACUUGGUAUCAGUGGGAAUGAAAGGAAUAAACCUUGGAUUAAAGAUAUGGAGGAACAACAUAGUCACGAUAUCAAAUUCAUCAUCACCCUUACUGAUGAAGAAAUGAAGAAAACCAAAAAGGUCGGUUUCUAUGAAAGGUUCAAACUAAUUUCUCCUAUUAGUAUGUUAAACAUGGUCGGUUUUAACUCACACGGCAAAAUUAAUAGAUAUAAUGAUCCAAAUGAUAUCUUAACUGAAUUCUAUUAUGUUAGAUUGGAAUAUUAUCAAAAGAGAAAAGAUUAUUUGACUGAAAUUUUGCAAUGGGAAUUAGAGAAAUUAUCCUACCAAGUGAAAUUUAUCAAAAUGAUUGUUGAUAAGCAAUUGACUGUUACUAAUAAACCCCGUAAACAAAUCAUGGGAGAGUUUGAAACUCUUGGGUUCCCAAGAUUUAACAAAAAGGGUAAACCAUAUUAUGGUCCUAUUGAAUCAAAUGAAAAGGCAGACGAUGAAGAUACCGAAGAAAACAACGAAUCAAACAAUAAUAAUCUUGAAGAAGGAAACGAUACUGUUAAUGGUCCCGAAGAAACCUACGGUACGUUUGAAUAUCUAUUGGGUAUGAGAAUCUGGUCAUUAACAAAGGAAAGAUAUGACAAGCUAAUGAAACAACAACAGGAGAAACAAACAGAGCUUGAAAGCUUAUUAAAGUUAUCUGCUAAGGAUAUUUGGAAUAACGACCUGGAUGAAUUUUCUAAAGCAUACGAUGAGUUUAUUAAAUUAGACCAAGAGAUGAGAGAGGGUGAAUCUGAAAAUAAGAAAUCAAAAGCCUCUGCCAAACGUAAAAGGGGAAGAAAUGAUGAAGAUUUCGACCCAAAUAAAAAGAAACCAAAGAGAAGACUCACCAAGAAGAUAAAAGAGGAAGCAAACUUCAAGAGGGUUUUACUUAAACCUAAGGCUGUGGUGAAACCAAAACGUGUCCUUAAGAUAAAGACGGAAGCUGUUACAAAAGAGGACAGUACUGUUCAAUCUGAAGCACCAUUAACUACAGGUCAAAACACACCUGAAUUAACUGCAGAUGCUGGCAAAAAUGCUACAAUUUUUGACAAUGUUGUGAAGAAAGAGGAACCAGCUAGUGGAAUAAGUGCAUUCACCAGUAAAUUUAAAAAGAUAACUGAUGUAUUUGAUAAAAUGGAUACUAAGGAAGUCGAGAAUACUGCUGAAACUUCAACAAAAGAAGGCCAGUAUACCACUGAUUCAUCCUCAAAAGAUGAACAAGCCACACUUGUGGAUACGACUGAAAAAUCUACUGCUAAGAAAGAUUCUCCUAAGAAAUCUAAGAAAUCUGUCGAAUUAUCAGACGAAAGUGAUUUAGAAAUUUUAAGUGAUGCACAAGAUGAUGACAAUGAUGAAGAGAUCCAACCACGUAAGAGAAAUAGCAGAGCUAGAACUCCCAAAAAAUCAUACGUUGAAGAGGCAAUCGAGCUAUCCGAUGACAGUUUCAUCGACGAUGACGAUGAGAACGACGAGGUAGCUGAUGAUUCUGAUGCAUCCUUUGGUUUUGAUCAAUAA